AUGGAGAUGACUACAAAGGUCAGAAUAUUUGUCUCCUUGUGCAACUGCCAACUGUUACUAAGUAUGCUUCAGGUUACAUUUGGCUCAUUUGAUCCUACACUGACUGACAGUGGUCAGUAUCCUUCUCUCUAUCAGGUGGCCCCAAGGGACACGUAUUUGGCCCUUGGCAUGGUGUCCUUGAUGCUUCAUUUUCGUUGGACCUGGGUGGGCCUGCUCAUCACAGAAGGCCAGAAGGGUCUUCAGUUUCUCUCAGAUGUAAGAGCUGAGAUGGACUGGAACAGAGUGUGUGUAGCCUUUGUGAAAAUGAUCUCAACUCUGGCUGUGUCAUAUCUCUCAGCCACACAGAAACAUGAUAUUGUUGCCAUAGGAACAUCAUCAGUCAAUGUGGUGGUUAUUUACUAUGAUACUGAUAGUACACAUGAUGUAAACUACAACAUAGCACAAAAUUUUGUGACAUGGAAAGUCUGGGUGACAAACUCACAAUGGAAUGUUGACCUGACUGGGAGAGAUUUCAUACUUGACCCAUUCCAUGGCAUUCUGGUUCUUUCACCCCACCAUGAAGAGAUUUCAGGUUUCAAAAAUUUUGUUCAGGAAGCUUCCCCUUUCAGAUACCCAGAAGACACUUACCUCGUUAUAUAUUGGUCCAAGAAUUUCCAUUGCUCAUUCUCUGACUUUGACUGUGCCUUGAAGGACUGUACACCUAAUGCCUCUCUGGCUUGGUUGCCUCCAAAUCGUUUUGACACAGCCAUGAGUGAUAGGAGCUACAAUAUAUACAAUGCUGUGUACGCUGUGGCCCAUGCCCUCCAUGCGAUGCUUUUGGAAGAAGUACAAAGGCCACCAAUGAAAAAUAGACAAGUGAUGAUGUUUUCCCCCUGGCAGCUGCAUCGCUUUCUAAAGAAUAUCCAAUUUAACAAUCCUGCUGGUGACCAAGUCAAUUUAGAUGACAGAAGGAAACUGGAUUCAGAAUAUGACAUUCUCAAUUUUUGGAAUUUUCCAGAAGGUCUUAGACUGAAGGUUAAAGUGCUGGUCUCGGAGUGCAGUUUGGCUAACGAUGACUGUGUUUUCAGCAGGAGCACCAGCGUGCACAAGGAUGGAGACCUGGUAGUUGGAGCAUUUUUCUCCCUUUAUUCUUACACGUAUUUCAUUGAGGCCACUGGUAUGAAGCCUAGCAAGGACGUGCUUAUCAUGCAGAUUGCUCCUACCAACUACAAGAAUGUUCUAACCUUCAUUUUUGCCAUAGAAGAGAUCAACAGGAAUCCUCACCUACUACCCAACAUGUCUCUGGGAUAUGAGUUCCAUAAUAUAUAUUACAGUCAUUGGAGGCUAUUGGAGAGUUUCUUCAUUUUGUACACAGGACAGGAUGAAAUCCCUAACUAUUUUUGUGGCAGAGAGAGCAAAUCUGUAGCAGUAUUAACAGGAACAGCAUGGGCAAAUGCUGCUCAAACUGGAACACUGCUAGAACUCUACAAAUUUCCACAGUUUGCGUUUGGAUCUUUUGACCCUGUGUUGAGUGACAAUGGCCAGUUUCCUUCCCUCUAUCAGACGGCCCCAAAGGACACAUCUCUGGCUCUUGGCAUGGUCUCCUUGAUGCUUCAUUUCAGCUGGACCUGGGUGGGCCUGGUUAUUGCAGAAGGUCAGAAAGGUCUUCAAUUUCUCUCUGAUGUGAAGCGAGAGAUGGACGGGAACAGAGUCUGUGUAGCAUUUGUGAAAGUGAUCCCAAGUGUUCUUGUGUCAUAUACCUCAGUUACAAAGCAACAUGAUUUCCUGAGCAAAGAAACAUCUCCAGUAAAUAUAGUUAUCAUUUAUUUUGAUUCUGUGGGUCUAAAUGAUAUGAACUAUCAGGUAGGGCUAUAUUUAGUGACAUGGAGAGUCUGGGUCACAAACUCAGAAUGGCAUUCUGAUGUGUCUGGGAGAAACUUCAUCUUUGAUUCUUUCCAUGGGACUCUGAUUUUUUCACAACACCAUGAGGAGAUUUCUGGAUUUAAAAAUUUCAUCGAAACCGUUAACCCCUCCACAUACCCGGAAGACACUUUCCUCACUCUGUAUUGGUUCCAGAAUUUCCACUGCUCAUUCUCUGACUCUGACUGUGCAUUGAAAGACUGUACACCUAAUGCCUCCUUGGCACGGUUGCCUAUGAAUCGUUUUGAUGUGGCCAUGAGUGAUGGAAGUUACAAUACGUACAAUGCUGUGUAUGCUGUGGCCCACGCCCUCCAGGGGUUGCUCCUUCAACAAGUUCAAAUGCAACCAGUUGGAAAUUGGAAUGCAAUGGUGUUUUCCCCCUGGCAGCUGCACACCUUUCUGAAGGAACUCCAGUUUUACAAUCCUGCUGGAGACAAAGUAAAUUUAGACAAGAAAAGUAAAGUGGAUGCAAAGUAUGAUAUUCUCAACUUUUGGAAUUUUCCAGAAGGCCUUAGGCUAAGGGUGAAAGUAGGAGAGUUUUCCACUCAUGCUCCAGCUCUCCAACAAUUGUCUUUAUUUGAGAAUAUGAUAGAGUGGGCCACAGGAAUUACAGAGACUCCCCGCUCCGUAUGCAGUGACAGCUGUAAUCCUGGAUUUAGGAAAGCCCCUCAGGAAGGAAAAGCUACCUGUUGUUUCCUUUGUAUGCCUUGUGCAGAAAAUGAGAUUGCCAAUCAAACAGAUAUGGAGCAGUGUGUGAAGUGUCCAGAUCAUCAGUAUGCAAGCACUCAGAGAAACUAUUGUCUCCAAAAGUCUGUGACUUUUCUGGCUUAUGAAGACCCCUUGGGGAAGACCUUGGCUACCACAUCUUUGAGUCUUGCUCUUGUAACAGUUGUUGUUUUGGGGCUGUUUGUGAAGCACCGAGACACUCCCAUUGUCAAGGCCAACAACCGGGCUCUCAGUUACACCCUGCUCAUCUCCCUCACCUGCUGCUUCCUCUGCUCCUUGCUCUUCAUUGGCCGGCCCAGCACAGCCACCUGCAUCCUGCAGCAGACCACAUUUGCAGUCGUGUUCACUGUGGCUGUUUCCUCUGUCUUGGCCAAAACCAUUACUGUGGUGCUGGCCUUUAAGGUCACUGCUCCAGGCAGAAGGAUGAGGCAGUUGCUGGUAUCAGGGGCUCCUAACUCCAUCAUCCCCAUCUGCUCCCUGAUCCAGCUCACUCUCUGUGGGGUCUGGAUGGGGACAAAUCCACCCUACAUUGACACAGACGCUCACUCUGAACAUGGCCACAUCCUCAUCGUGUGCAACAAGGGCUCCCUCACUGCCUUCUACUGUGUCCUGGGAUACCUGGGCUCCCUGGCCCUGCUGAGUUUCACCGUGGCUUUCCUGGCCAGGAACCUGCCCGACACGUUCAAUGAAGCCAAGUUCCUGACGUUCAGCAUGCUGGUGUUCUGCAGUGUGUGGGUCACCUUCCUCCCCGUGUACCACAGCACCAAGGGGAAGGUCAUGGUGGCCAUGGAGGUCUUCUCCAUCUUGGCCUCCAGUGCAGGGCUGCUCGGCUGCAUCUUUGCCCCCAAGUGCUACAUUAUUUUGGUAAGGCCAAAGAGAAAUUGUCUUACUGGCAUCAGGGGCAAAACACAUUCUUUGAGAAAGAUGCCUUCUUAUUAG